GUGUUUGAAUAUUCCAAAUUCCAGGAGAAGCAUGAGCAAGCUGAAGAUAUUGAAAAGUUUGCAAAAGGACGAGAAGAUGGAAGUGGAGAGUGAUGGAGAGGCCAGUCAUGCUUCCGAUGAAGAGUCAUCAGAUUCAGAACAUGAAGGAAUGGAUGCGGAUCAAAAGGCAGAAGAGAAAAAGCGAGCCGUGCUUUGGACAAAUCGCGAACGAGUGUUGGUGCUUUGUUCUAGAGGUGCAGAUGUUCGCACUAGACAUUUGAUGAAUGAUAUAAAGGUAUUAAUGCCACAUGCGAAAGGUGACUCAAAGCUGGACCGGCAAAAGUCAUUGGUAGUGAUAAAUGAGAUUGCUGAAAUGAAAAACUGCACAAAGAUUCUAUAUUUUGAGAGCAAGAAGCAAAAGGAUACAUACUUAUGGAUGAGUAAUGUUGAAAAUGGACCCUCUAUCAAGUUUCUUGUGCACAAUAUGCAUACUAUGAUGGAGAUGAAAAUGUCCGGAAAUUGUUUGAAAGCAUCGAGACCCAUAUUAUCAUUCGAUAGUCGCUUUGACGAAGAACCUCAUUUGAUGCUUAUAAAACAAGUGAUUACUCAGACCUUCAGCACACCAAAUCAUCAUCCACGUAGUCAGCCGUUCUUCGACCAUGUGUUCUCAUUUUCCGUCACCCCAGAUCUCAAGAUAUGGUUUAGAAAUUUCCAAAUUGUCGAUGAGUCAUUGCAGUUGCAAGAAAUUGGACCCAGAUUUGUCCUGGAAACAAUAAGGAUAUUUUCUGGAUCGUUUGAUGGCGCCGUCUUAUAUGAUAAUCCUGAUUAUGAGAGCCCCAAUGCUAAGAGGAGGGCAAUAAAGCUUGCAAGCAAAGGAAAAUAUAUAGAGAAAGAGCUGCAUAAAAAGGCGAAUUUGGUGAAAGCACAGCAGAUCAAGGAAGUUAUAGCCGAAAAGAUGGAGGAUCCGGUUGGAGAGAUCUUCGAUGUAAAAGAAGAGCCCGAAACAGAAGAGGCACAGAAAAUUCUAGCAAAGAUAGAUAAAAAGAAAAAGAAGAAGAAAACUUUCAAAAAACCAAAGUACACAGGACCGGAAGCUGUCUGAACCUGUUGAAAGCACCGGUCUAUUGUUACGGUCUUUUUUCAGUCGAGUCUUUGUUAUUGUUGCUGCCAACUGCAUUGUUAUUGUUACUUGUUGUUGUAUAUCUGUGAGACUUUGUUUACAUAUAAAAUAAAUGUUUAUAUAAAG